AUGCUGCUGUUGCUGCUGCAGCCCUACUGCACUCCGCACAGUUGUUAAGGGAGCCCGGGAUCCUGGGGCCAUGCAGCCCCGGUCUCUGCAACCCGGAGCGGCGCUCGCUGCGCUCCUCACCGCAGUCUUGACUUGGCCGCGGGAAGGAGGGAGCCGUCUCCUGAGUGGGCAGCCAAUCUGCAAGGGAGGGACUCAGAGGCCAUGCUAUAAAGUUGUUUACUUCCAUGAUGCUUCCAGAAGGGUCAGCUUUGAUGAAGCCAGCAUGGCCUGCCGCAGGGAUGGAGGCCAGCUAGUCAGUGUUGAGUCUGAGGAUGAACAGAGGUUGAUAGAAAAAUUCAUUGAAAACCUGUUGGCUUCUGAUGGAGACUUCUGGAUUGGACUCCGAAGGCGUGAGGAGAACCAGGGCAACAACAGCACAGCCUGCCCAGAUCUGUACAUGUGGACAGAUGGCAGCACAUCGACAUUUCGGAAUUGGUAUGUGGAUGAGCCUUCCUGUGGGAGCGAGGUCUGUGUUGUUAUGUAUCAUCAGCCAUCAGCCCCGGUGGGCAUUGGAGGCCCCUACAUGUCUCAGUGGAAUGAUGACAGAUGUAACAUGAAGAACAAUUUCAUCUGCAAAUAUUCUGAAGAGAAACCAAUCCUGGCAGCUACUUCUGUGAUAUGGAGUCAUCUACCUGGAGGUGAUAAAAGAGAACCAGUAACUCCAACGCCUCCAGAAAGAUCCCUGAAAGAAGAUGCCAAUGGAACAGUUAAAGAAACCAAAGGGGCUGAAAUGAAUCUUGCCUACAUCCUUAUUCCCAGCAUUCCCCUCUUCCUUCUUCUGGUGGUCACCACAGUCAUAUGUUGGUUAUGGAUCUGUGGCAGGAGGAAACGAGAGCAGACAGAGAGCACAAAGGAACCAAACAUUUGGCCAGCCCCCCACAGAAGGAAUAGUCCUGACCUAGAAGUUUAUAAUGUCAUAAGAAAGCAAAGCGAAGCAGAUUUAACCGAGCCUCGGCCAGACCUGAAGAACAUUUCAUUCCGGGCCAGGUCUGGAGGAGCCACUCCCAAUGACUUAUCUUGUGACUAUGACAACAUAGUAGUGAAUCCCUCUGAGAGUGGCUUUGUGACUCUGGCGAGCAUGGAAAGUGGAUUUGUGGCCAACGACAUCUAUGAACUAUCCCCUGAGAGGAUGGGGAGGAACAAGGAGUCUGGCUGGGUGGAAAAUGAAAUCUAUGGUUAUUAGAUAACCUGGGAAAGUCUAAACUUACAACAAAGUAGAAAAGAAAGAGAAAAAAUGUUCCUACUUUGUAUAAAACUGGCAGAACUGGAAUAGGGCUGACAUCUGAACACUUGGAUGGACCUGCGGUCUCAUGGAUAUGCGGAAUCCCUCCACCCCUGAAAAUCUCAACUUCACUGUGCUUGCCCAUCCUGUGCAAGUAUUGCUUAUGUCCUCACUUAAAUCUGCCAUCGGGGGGUCCACCCAACAUGACAGGGACCUUUCUCUGGUUCUCUUGGUUUUGUAAGGAUAGCAGCAGAGCAUGCAAACUGUGCAUCAGUUACAUAGCUCUACGUGACCAGCCCAUUUUUUUUCCAAUCAUACAUUUUUCUGAUAACAUCUUUUGCACUGCUUCUUCUGCACAAUUGCUUACUCAUCCUGUGUUGCAACCUGCUCAUGCCCAUACCAUGUACUUCUCCACUGGCCUUUUGGGUGAUCUGCAAUUUCCAUUUUUUGGAAACAAUAGUAUUCCGCGACUCACAGCCGUACAAUACCACCAAGAGAAUAUUGAUGUUAAAAAAAAUGGGCCUUUGUUUCAGGGAAAAGCUCAGGGUCAUUAAAAGAAUAGUGCAAUUUUCCAAAGGCAACCCAGCCCAGUCACCACCCCUCUUGGGCCCAGCUUAUUUUUCAGUUGCAGUGUCUGUCUAAGAUACAUCUACUUAUGGAUGACGUCUGUGGACUGUCCAUCCAACAAAUUAUCACAAUUCAGACAAAAGGCAUUUUUUAAUCUGCUAGGUUUUUCCUGAAUGAGUGGUUAAGUCAAAGACUUAACAUUCCAGACCUUGAUGAAAUCAGCAGAAUGGCACCCAUUCAUACCUCCAUAUUGGUGGUAAAUACAUUUGGCAAGCAUAAACUUCCUGGUUCAUGCUUUGUUUGAUAUAAAUUAGAGAGUCAUUGAACAAAGUUAUUUCUGAUAUUGCAAAUUUCAAGGAGUCUUGUAUGAAUUUGACAAAUGCAUGGUGCCUGGCAUGAGAAAAACCAGUUCAGAUACAGAAACAGUGGACAGAUUUCUUCCUGGUUGUCAAGAUUUUGUUAGCUCCUCUGAUCCCAGUGUUCCCUACCAGGGUAGGUUCUAACCUCAUGUUAAUCAGAGAGCAGCAAUGGUGGUGAUAGAUAGUAGAGGUUGGGAAAUUUCCUUCUGGGUUAUUUUUUGUGGCUCUGGACCAUGGCACAAAAAUGAAUUGCACGUAUACAAUCAUGAAAAUACAUUAGCUUGCUGUCUUUCUUAUUUUUCCCAGUGCACAUGUGGGAGUAUCAGAAGCUGAUUGUAUGAAAGAAUAUUCCCUUAUCUGUAUGUCCCACAGAACAAGAAUGAAAUAAAAG